AGCGGAUUUUGCAGAUGCAUGACGUAGAUGCAGGUGGACUUCCGCUUCUCGCCCCCGGUGCUCGGUCAGCAAUCACUCCCUUUCGAUGAUGUUAUUAUAAAAUAUAUGCAUUUUGCGGGUGGUAGUACAACGAACUGCAUGAUGCUCCACAAAGAAAUUGCGAUAAUAAAGCAGCAGAAAUCCACGACCUCCGUCGAAUACAUAGCAAAGGAUACAGCAGCAGCGUCAGCGUGAUGUGGAUACUAACAGCUAUAGUUUUCUAUCAUUAAUCUUCUCAGACGACCUCUAUUAUAAUGAUGAAAAGUGCUGGGAAUGGGAAAGAAAUGAGCACCAGAAGUCCAUAAUUAUAAAUAUGCUAGGCCCUUCCAUCACCAAAAAUUGCUUUUACUAUAAACUCAAAAACCCCAGGGAUGAACGUGCUUCAUUUUUGCAUGAGACAGAAGCUGAAAAAAAGAUUUUGAGCUUUCCCUCGAAUUGAUCCCUUUGUAAUCGGUGCUGGUUCUACCAGCAUCAAGAUCAACAAGUUGAAUUUAUUCCACCAGUUUUCCAUUUCCAAUUUCCAGCCGCACGAAUAAACAACAUACAUUCACAUUGACAUUGACGAAAUGUUUCGCGCUGGCAGGGCUGGUUUGAGAAUGGCAAAGCAACCGCAGGUACUGAUCGACGUCCACACGCACAUGUACUAUCCGGCCUACAUGGAGUAUGCAACAAAAAAGGUUGUUGUUGUGAACUUUGUGACGCGCAACACGCAAGAUAAUUGCUGCGUCUGCCAUGCUGGUCAUGCUCUGUAGGGCCCGUUCACGCGCAUUGUCACGCACUGUCUGCGCAUGACAUGGUUUUGCUGCCAUGCCAGGCAGUGGUGAUGUUGAAGUGCAGGGGUUCACGAAUGUAUUUACCAUGCAUUUUCAGGUCUCACGGUCUCACCACUCAACGCAGUGCACGCACAUCCGAGUUAUCGGGGGAUGGGGGUCGUAAACGAAAAGAAAAUAAUGAUAAACCCUACGGCCGGCGUCGUGGAUCCCACGAGCAUCCCUCUGUCUGUUACUUAUAUGCAAGACCGAUUUGUGAUGCUGUUCGUUUACAUUAAAAAUAAAAAUGAACGACAACUACCAUUUUUUCUUGUAUAGGAAGGUUCUGCGGCAACGGACCGCGAUCCCCAAGGUGGUUCGCAACGCGAAGAACGAGGAGCGACUGGUGAUUCUGCCUAACGAAGAGAUGAACGCAAGUGACACGACCAACAUCGGGCGACCGAUCGGGGCGGAGUAUUUUGAUGUGCGCGAGAAGUUGCAAUUCAUGGAUGCGUAUGCCUUGCGAAUGUAUCGUGUUGAUAGUCUUUUAAAACGUGCAUUGUUCUCUUCUUUUUCCCAAAGCAAAAUGAACUUCUGAGGGACUUUGAUGUAGUGGUACGAGAAUGAGUAUGUGUAUGGUGAUAAGUGCAAAAAUUCCAAUUGGUACUACGACCACGUGGUCUACUAUGAUCCGAUACUUUUGCCCCGGAUAAAGCGCACGGCAUCUCGCACUCCAUCGUCUCCCUUGCGAAUCCGUGGCUGGACUUUCUGACCUCGGAUGCGGAGCGCGCCGCGGCCCCCGAGACGGCCCGCAAGCUGAACGAGGAUUUGAACACGAUGUGCGCCGGCGCGGCGGCCGACAGCCGUUUGUUCGGGUUCGCGGUUUUGCCGACCACCGCGGGCGGCGCCGCCUGCGCCCGGGAGGUCGAAGCCUGCUUCCGCGCGCCCGAGCCGCACAACAGUCACUUGAAGGGCGUGAUUCUGGGGACCAGCGGUGUGCUCGGACAGGGCCUGGACGGGAAAGAAAUGGAGCCCGUCUACGCCGCCCUGGAGCAGCAGGACGCCGUGCUCUUCAUACACCCCCACUACGGCCUCGCGGGCGAGGAUCUCAGCCGCUACGGGCACUCCCUGGAGCUGGCGCUCGGCUUCCCCAUGGAAACCUCGAUCGCGAUCUCCCGUCUGAUUUUAUCCGGCGUACUGGACCGCUAUCAAAUGUAAAAAUGUCUGGGUGUGGAAACUUGUGAUGCAAGAAAGAAAAUGUUGAUCACACUGUAAUGCGCUUUCCAGCAUGACAAGUUUUUGCGUGCGUCAGAGUUGCGCACUCCGCAUGAGAAACUGCGUUUUUGCAAGACAGACAGGAGGACCUCUUCGCGGGCACGCAAUACAGAGUUUAGAGGCAUGCCAGACUAGCAUUACAAAUCUCGCAAUCUCCCAGACCCAGACAUAUUUGCAGUUCAUAACCGCUACCCAAACUUGAAAGUCUACGUCGCACACGCGGGCGGUGUACUGCCCUACCUGCAAGGACGCCUUGACUCCUGUGUCGGGUACAUUUAUUUUUGAGCACUGCAUUCAAAGUUGCUUGUUGAUCUUAUCUUCUAUCUUCAUCUUGAUGCCUCCACGAAAUAAUUGUUUAUAUGAUCGAGAUAUAGUUGCAUUUACCCUGAAAACAUAAAAAUCGAGCGGCUUGAUGGUUGUUGAUGUUGUCCCGGGCUUCGUUCCCAAUCCAGCGUAUAAUUAGCAGUAGGACUCCCCGAAAAACUACUACACAAAGGUACGAAAAGCAGAUCGUGCUGCAGAAGAAGCCGUCCGACUAUUUACGGGACCUGUAUUACGACGCCAUCAUUUACAAUCCUGACUGCCUAUUCCAGAGAAAAAAGCCCACGUAAUACAAAAAAGAUACCCCGCAGGAACAAGUUGGUCUCGGAAGAUGUUUUAGACAGCAGUUUUUGCAUAUUGCACUGGUUCUUCGCAUUCGCUCAUGACGCAUUUUUAUAGGCUUGUAUGUAGUGAGGUCAUAAAUUCUAAACAAGUAUCACGAUGGUGCUUUUCUCUACUCCGGGAUACUGCUUGAAGUUACUUGUUGACACGGUCGGCGCGGACCGUAUCAUGUAUGGUACCGACCACCCCUUCUUUCCGCCUACCGAAGGUGAGCAAAAAUGGAAGUCGGCCUUGAAAAUCCAGGAGAUUGUCCCGGAAGAGCACCGCGAAACCAUCUUCGGCAACACAGCGACGCGGCUGUUCGGCCUCGAAAGCGAGGUGGCAAAAGCACUGUCACAUGGCAUCACAAGCGCGAGCGGCAAAAACGGGAACAGCGCAUCAGAAAAAACGCGGGGCACUUUUGAACAAGGUCAAUCCGCAGGAGAAAGCGGCUUUGCACAAAUGAAGAUGUAG